AUGUGUGUCACGUUAUGUGGAUUCGGAUUAUGCAAUAGACAUAGACAAGAGGAGAUCCACCAUGAGGCUUCUAAGGAAGCGUUACGGCUGACAAGAUUAACUAAAGAGUUCGAGAUAGCUCAAGACUUGGUGGUGAUACAAAGUGACAGUCAAAGUGCUAUAUGCUUAGUCAAGAAUCAAGUGUUUCACGAAAGGUCUAAGCAUAUUGAUGUACAGUACCACCGGAUAAGGGAUUGGGUGAACGAUGGGGACAUUGCAAUAGAGAAGGUUCAUGUGGAUGAGAAAGCUUCGGAUUGCUUGACCAAGCCAAUCACAACUGAGAAGCUCGCCAAGGUAGAUACUGUUGAUGUUGGCUCGCCUAAAGAUGUGGAAGGAGUGAAGGAAACAUACGGUCAAAAGAGCUGUAGUUGUUUUGAUUGGGCUCUGCGAACACAGACUCUCGAGCAACCUGAAUGA